AUGGAAAGCCUGAAUGGCAAAGAGAAGGUCAAUGGGACAAAGUCAGUGGUUGAUGUAGAUGACAACAUCAUUGGGGAGCUUAUUUCCAAAUCACAGAAAGCUAAAGAUUUUGCGUACUGUCCGUACAGCAAGUUCAGAGUGGGAGCAGCAGUUUUAACUCCAAAUGGAAAGAUCUUUACAGGUUGCAAUGUGGAGAAUGCGUGUUACACCCUAGGAAUUUGUGCCGAAAAGACUGCCAUCUCAAAGGCCGUCUCAGAGGGGUAUAGAGAUUUCACGGCCAUUGCAAUUGCCAGUGAUCUCAAUGAACAAGUAAUUUCACCAUGCGGCGGGUGCAGGCAGUUCAUGAGAGAGUUUGGUGCCCAUUGGGACGUCUACAUGACAAAGCCUGAUGGAUCCUACUGUCAAAUAAGUGUUGAAGAGCUCCUUCCUGUGUCAUUUGGGCCUUCUGACCUGAAAGGGAAAAAGUGUGAAGCCUCUUGAAAUUAUUCAGAAUUGCAGAUAUAUGGACUUUAUUUUGAACUUGCCUUUGACUAUGGGCAAGUCUGAGAGCAUAUUUGAAUUUGCUCUGGCAGAUCUGAUGAGGACCCUCCCAUUCAAGCCAAUUUCUGAAUCACCAAAAACCCAGGAACCAACUGUUUAUUCUGUAUGAGACAGCUUUAGAUGACAGACACAGGUACAGCUCUCACAACACAGUCACUGAAUGCGCUGAUUGUGUCAGUAU